AAAGUAGGAGUGCAACCAGCUCGGGGGCACACGGCUGGGGUGAGCCUGGGGAGGAAAGAGGCAGAAGAACAGAAAGCAGCAAAACAGAAGGUGAAAUAGCAAGAGACAAGAUUAAAGUCGAAUAAAGGCACAAGACAGAGAGAAGCAAAAGAGCAAAGGACAAAAGAGUGAAGAGCAAGAUGGGUCAGCAGUUCACCAAUGCUGCAGGGGAGCAAACAGAGAUGGAUGUUGCUGAACUGCAGGAAUGGUAUAAGAAGUUUGUGAUAGAAUGUCCCAGUGGGACCCUCUACAUGCACGAGUUCAAGCAGUUCUUUGGGGUCCAUGAUGACCGUGAAGCUUCGGAGUAUGUUGAAAACAUGUUCAGAGCUUUCGAUAAGAACGGGGACAACACCAUUGACUUCCUGGAAUAUGUAGCUGCCUUGAAUCUUGUUUUACGGGGCAAACUGGAGCACAAGCUGAGGUGGACGUUCAAAAUAUAUGACAAGGAUGGGAAUGGCUGCAUAGAUAAACCUGAGCUGCAGGAAAUUGUUGAGGCUAUCUACAGGCUGAAGAAAGUGUGUAAGUCGGAGGAGGAGGAGGAGGGGACUCCUCUGCUGACUCCAGAGGAAGUUGUGGACAGGAUAUUUCAGUUAGUGGAUGCGAAUGGGGAUGGUCAGUUGUCUCUUGACGAGUUCAUUAAUGGGGCCAAGAAGGACAAGUGGGUGAUGAAGAUGUUGCAAAUGGAUGUAAACCCCGGGGGAUGGAUCUCUGAGCGUAGGAGAAAGAGUGCUUUGUUCUGAGAAUUCCAUUUUGAUACAGCUGAUAAUGUGAUGCUGACUGUGACUGGCUCUCUUACUGCAGGCUGGUAGUAGCUUUUCUUUUGAACAAAAUCUUGGCAUCCAGAUGAAAACUUCAGUGGUUUAAGAAGCCAUAUCUCACUGUAAAAUCCAUGUGCUGCCUACUGCUGGUACCCAGAGACUAUUUUUGCCCUAUGAAUAAGUCUUUCUGUGUACACAAUACCGUGUUUGCCAGCUCUGGUUUUUUGUUACACCCCAAGGAACAAACCUCUUGUGGUUUUACUGCAGUAGAUCCUGGGCAGGGUUUUAGUCUGGUGACAGAUGGGAUUGGGAAGGAGGGAAUCCUGUUGCAGUGUUGCUGUCUUCAGUGCAGACCAGUGUUUGCAACAUUCCACCUGCAGAGGUACAAACACAUUGAACAAGAAGUGAUGAUGAAAGGGUGCUCUGGGGUCAGUAUGUGUAUUUAGUAGAUUAUGUUACUACUAAUGCAAGGUUAUUGAACACCUACACUAUGAGGGCACAGUGCUGUGGGCUGGGCAGUGGGAGUGGAGCCUCCUUACAUCCCCCUCCUGUGGACCUGGGUCUGCUCCUUGUACCUGCUCAGACACUUGGGUUCCUGGGAAGCUGCAAAAUGUCCUUUCCAAACACUGAGCAGCAGUGGAAGUGGCACCUCUUGGGAUCUGCUGUGUUGGACUGGCAUGAGUGUGAUGCUGCUCCAUUUGAGCUGGUUUCUUAUUGGAUCAUCCCCCUAGAACAGCUUCUCCUGCUCUGAAGACUGAAAGAGCUCAAGAAGCUCCAGGACUUACAUGGCACAUGGAAGAGUUUUGUGUGGAAGGAGAGAGAAGGGAAGAGCAGAGUUUGGCUUGGCAGUGUCUGCAGCGAGGGGAUUAGUGCUGCUGUGUUGGCAGGACCACGGAGAGGAGAAAGUGAAGAAGAAUCUGAGUUACUUAAGUAGUGCCAGUGGUUUUACACUGGACUCAAUUAGCCACAAAUGACAAAUAAAAUACACACAGGUUGUAGGCUGAGCUCUGCUAUUCUUAUGGCUAACCCAUAUUCCUCCAUAGGUGUGUGUAUGUGGAAAGAGAUUUUGAGUUGAACCAAUAUUUUAGUUCACUUUUGUUGGAAUAUUUGCAAGAAAACUUUCCCCAGGAAACACAAAUUUGUCUGUUCAGUUUUCCCAUGAGCUCAGUGGGCCAAGUCAUACCCAUGAAAAUAUUUGCAAACCUUUCAACUGUGACUGUGAAACCUUUCAUUAGUUGAAUACUUUGCUGGUUUGUGGUCUUGUCAAUUUAGCUGAUGUUUAAAUUCAGGAACAUGAGGAAGGAUUCAGGGUAAGACAUAGUCAGUGACAGAGUUCAAAUCCAUACACAUUUCUACUUCUAAACAGACUUUCUAAGAGUUCUCAGUAAAUGCACACAGCUUGUGCUACUUGCCUGAGUAGAUUAGACUCCUGGUUUCUGCUGCUGUAGGGCAGCUGGUUAGAGCUCACUGCAGUCAGGAGUUGAUCAGCCAAAUAUCAGACAGAAGAAUCUUGCUUCUGACUUGAGGGCCUGGAAGAAAAUAUCCACUUUACUGAUUUGUUUUUUUUCAGCUUGUGGACAAAUGUUUUCAUGAUAGGAUACAAACCCCUAAUUCCUUACAUUUCAGCUUCUCAACCAGUGUCACACAUUCUGCUCCUUGCACAAUUUCUAACUUUCAAGUGGAUGUUUUCUUACUGCAGAGGCAGUUUUCCUUAAAUGCUUUGACCUUUCUUGUUCUGCUUAGCUGGGCAGGUCAGGCAGGAGCUGCCUGGUGUCCCCACAGCAGCAGUCCUCUGCUGGGGUGGUAGAGGGCAUCCUAACACUGAGCACUCCGUCAGUUGUUGGCAGAAAUUUUAUAAC